CUUCGACUUGAAACCGGAAGAGAAGAGGAGCGCGAGAUGUUGCACUCUUGGCUGAUUCGGAUGCAUCCUUUCUCUUUUCCUUGCUAUGGAUGCUCCAGGGCGGGUCCCUGUCGGUGUCACGAGAAUCUUGACGGACACAGACUGGUCUGAACCAUGGCUCAUAGGGCUGGUCUUUUUCCAUGCAGCGUGCCUGUGUCUCACUUACCAUUCAUUCCACCACUACCGUCUUCAAAUAGGGCAUUUUCUCUUGCUCAUGAUCCUGGUAUUCUGUGCUGAAUACAUCAAUGAAGUUGCAGCUGCAAACUGGCGAUUGUUCUCAAAGCACCAGUACUUCGAUUCAAGAGGAAUGUUUAUUUCCUUAAUGUUUUCAGUGCCCUUGCUGCUAAAUGCUAUCAUAAUUGUGAUUGCAUGGGUUUAUAAAACGCUAAAUGUCAUGACAGAAUUAAAGACCUUGCAGCAGAAAAGGAAAGCAAGAAAAGAAAAUAAGAAAAAUAAAUGAAUCAGAUUUUCUUCGGGAAUUUUCUUGGGAACUGUCAUAUGGUUGUCCUUCACAGUGUGUUUUUUUUUGAGGGAAGUGGAAGAUUUGCUUGUUUGUCCUGAACUUCUGGCUCCAUUAGUUCACUUUCUGUUUGAAUGACAGUUACACCAAAUCUCCUGUUGUGAUCGACUAUGUAAAAUAGCUUCUGAGUCAAUUAUACACUAUCCAUAAAUUCACAUUUAAAAACUGAGGUACUGGUUCUGCAUCCAGGCUAACGAUGGAUUUUGUUCAGCAACUGUGUCACAGUGGUAAUAAGAUGCAAAAAUAUAUAUUAAUCCUAACCAAUAUAUUAGUGUUUUAGCCAUUUUAUUUCCUAUUGGUUUUAAAGCACAUAAGAAAGGGCCUGCUGGAUGAGUCCAUCUAGUCCAGCACUCUGCUACUCACAGUGGCCCACCAGAUGCCUUUGGGAGCUCACAUGCAGGAUGUGAAAGCAAUGGCCUGCUGCUGCUGCUGCUCCUGAGCACCUGGCCUGCUAAGGCAUUUGCAAUCUCAGAUCACGGAGGAUCAAGAUUGGUAGCCAUAGAUCAACUUCUCCUCCAUAAAUCUGUCCAAGCCCCUUGUACAGAUUUUACAGAAGGGUUCCACUUUUACAGUAGGGUACCACUUCACAAAGUGACUAUCAGCUAUGCUGUAUAAUUUGUGAACUGGGCUAUGUAAAACAGCCUUGUUCCUAUUUUCUUUUUUCAAUUUGCAGAAAGGACUUUUGCCUGAUGGAAAGGGGAGGGUGCAGUUCUGUUAGUUCCCUCCUUCCACUGCUGACCUGUAUCUUAGUGACUUGUAAAUUAAUAGUGUACAUUACUUUCAAAAUUACAUGUUUCAGUUUUGAGCAAUUACAAGUUGUUAUAAUUGCUUGUUUAAGUUUGUUUUUAAAAUAUCUCAGUCUUUUAAAUUGACUUGCUAUAGAAGGAACAAAUGCUUGUAGAGACUAAGAACUUAAAACAAAAGGAAAGAGAUAAGAAUGUUCACUACUUUGACUUUUCAAAAAACCUACAAAACAUUCGUGAAACUAAUGUCAACUUGUAAUUUGGCAUGGGUCUUAGAAAUGGCUUCCAAAAAAUGUGAGGGAAUGCAAAGUAGGACACUGAAAUUAAUCACAUUUUCAUUCUGUUUUUUGGAGCAAACUUCUAGUUACCUGGUUAUUAUUCCAAAGAAAACAGGCCUCAGCUUCCUGUCUACAGUCUUACAGUGUACAGUCAGGUUCCCCAAACCAUCUUUCUUCAGGAAAACUAAAGAUAAAGGUCAUCUCAUGGCCCCUCCUUUGCAUUAUGUGAAGUUGGUCAACAAAAAUGUAGAAACAUUCAAAUUUCAAACAGUGCCACUCCUGCCCCACCCCCCAAAAAGGGGAGGAGUAAAACCUUGUAAUGUUAAGUACCAGCUUAGUCCAUAUCUGAUAAACUAUAAUUUGUGAAAUUAUGAUGAUAAAUUGUAGAAAUUGAAAGGUUCCUCAGUGUAAUUCAGAGUAUACAGUUUAAAAGUUUUUAUGUUAACAAAGUAAUGAUUUUCAAAUUUAACAGAUAUGUGCUUUUAUUUAUUUGUUUGUUUUAUUGCAUUUAUAUCCCACCCAUUCCUGACCAUGGUCAGGCUCAGGAUGGCUUACAAACAUAUAAAAUAAUGCACGUUAAAAUUGAAUAUUAAGAUAAAAUCCGAAAUACUAAAUUCAAAACCUAUAUCUUCAGAUGGCAUAAAAAUACAAUACUUUAAUUUAGCCUAUGACAGCAAUCCCCCAAUCUUUCAUUAAUCUUUAUCCUAAUAUUAAUAGGGCCCACAAGGGCCAGAUGUCAAUAAAACAAAGGGGGAGAGCACUGAGAUUUAAACCUAUAGCACUAGCAGGUAUUAUGUGAAGUUAAUGGUUGGGAGGUCGGUAAGAUGGUACAAAGAAAAGAGGUGGCCUCAACCAAAAGCCUGGUGGAACAUCUCUGUCUUACAGGUCCUGCGGAACUGGUUCUGAUUCUGCAGGGCCCCGGUGUCAGCCGAUAGAGAGCUCCACCAGCCUGGAGCCAAGGCCCCAAAAGCCCUAGCUCUGGUUGAGGCCAACCUAAUGUUCUUGGGGCCAGGGACCACCAGCAAAUUUCCCUCAGAGGAUUGUAAUGCCCUCCUCAGGCAAUAUGGGGAGAUGCAGCUGUGAAGAUGAGGGUCCCAGACCACUCAAGGCCUUAAAAGUCAAACCUAACACCUUUUAGAAAGUUAUUAUUAUGUGAUCCACAGUAUUAUGUUUAUAACAGAACUAGAUUUAUGAAGUGGCAGAUCACUAAGUCUAAUCUGACACUUCCAUGAUGACAAAUAUAGAUUAAUUACGUUAUAAAAUUAGAGGCAUGUGCCUGGUUUAUUGUUUUUUAAAAAUUAGUUCACAUGCUGAGGUGUUGCAGGCUCUAGCCGUAGUGUAAACUAAGCAUACUUUUGCAUAACCAAUUUCACAGCUGUUCGGCAAAUGUGUUUGUAGUGCUGCAGUGUACCAAAAAAGGGAGAAAGUUGUUUGCAAUUGGUCUUGCUCUUGUUAAGGACAGGUUAGAGUCUGCUUCUCCCUAAGAUUGGCUAAUGGGAGUUGACGAACGAUUGGUGUGAGUUGAAGGAAGCUGAUAGUUUAGCUGGGAGUGUGUCUGGCUGCGUGAAGGCAUGGAGAAGAUCAGUUUCAUGCUGAACGGAAAAGUUAAAUUGUAGUGAAGAAACCCAAAUGCCAAAUAGGGAUAUAGUUCAGAAGUUCAACUGAAAACCAACUUUCAGUCCCAUCCAAAGGGCUGGAAAUGGUGCCCCAGCUGCGCUGUCCUGCCGUUCCCAAGGGGGCUUUCCAGUGGCGUGGGGAGGCCAAAAACGCAAGCCUCCCAGCCACCAGAAAGCCCCCAAUUGGCCUUAAUGGACUUGCACUACCAAAAAGGUGGUGUAAGUCCACAGCCUGGCCACCAGCGUAACAAGGGCAAAAGCUGAGUCAGCUCCUUUCCAUCCACGCUCCCGGACCAUCCCCACUACACUGGUGGCAGGGGAACAGCUCCAGUGAUCUGCCUCUCUUGCCCCAGUGAUCUGCCUCUUGCCCCAGUGAUCUGCCUCUCUACCAGAGCAAGUGCCUCAGGAAGCACAGAUCCACCAGCGCAACCCCAUGCUGCUCCCAGCAGCAGAGAACCCUUCCCUUUGGAUAGGCCUGGUUGUAACCCUAACUAAGGAGAGGGCAUUCUUGGGUCCCAGUGAGGGGUUCGCAGUCCAGUUGUUCACUCAGAAGCAGUAAAAAAUUUAAGACAACUUUAUUAUGCCAUAGCCAGAGAAUCCUUCACAACUUCAAAGUGACAAAGCGAUCUUCUGAACCCCAUCCCUUUGAAUACAUAUACUUAUACUCUGUUUUACAUCAUUGUUACCUCAUGUCAUUUUCUACCAUUAACAUAGCAUAGCAACCUAACGCAUUCGUUCAUCUAGCAAAGCCCACUUUCGUAGGUAAUGACCUGCCAUACACAUGUUUUUCUACAGACCUUUGACUUUAUUUGCUGAUAUGUAGCUGUGCCCUGUUAUUCUGCUAACUCCUACGAAACUGCAUUCUUUUAGCUGAGCAAGCUAAAAAUGGCUUCAGUCAUGCUAACAGGAACAUUUUUCCUUCACUUAUGUAUUCCAAUGUUAUGCUCAAACCAGAAAUAAAAGUUAACUUUUUUUUUAUUAA